AUGGCGAUUGAAACGAUAUUUUUGCAUCUACUGCCAUCUCUCGAAAGCACCGGAAGCCAGGUCCUUGUGCAGAUCUUCGGGCAAACCUACAUUGGUCAUAGGGAGAAGAUGAUCAAGGAUUUCCUUCAAGGCUACCCAGGCUUCGAGCAACAUUGUCGCCGGGGGUACUUCGAUCCCCAUAUCAAGGUCAAGACUGAGGAUGUGCCGCAGUCGCUUCUCUGGGCCUCGCACUUCAGAGCGUCGUAUCCCAUAGACGCACCGAGGAGACCGAGAUGUGCCGAAUCGGCCUGCUCCCUCAAGGCAUUCUUUUCUGGCCUGUCGGCAUGGGCAUGGUCUGGUGUCAUCCAAGCGUGGCCAUGA